GCCAGCCCAAGUUUGAGGCCAGUUUGUGGGCUGGAUUUGAGUCUGGGUUAGAUUUGACCAUAAGCAAGAGUGCAGGAGAAGACCCAUAAUUAUGAAAAAAGGUAAUUGGAAUUGGUUGGUGUUGGGUAUUGGCAAAGAGUCCCUCUCUUUUGCCCCAGUCCACGAGAAGAAACCAAAUAAAAUACAAGAGAAGCGAAGAAGUGACCAACUGCUGCCACCCACCGCCUUCCUUUCACUUUCACAAUCACAUUCACAAUAUUAACAGAAUUCUAGUGAAGUGGACGCGAAGAAACGAAGCUCCCCCCUGUCCCCCCUGCCCCAUCUAUAACCGCCCUCUCUCUCUCUGUCUCACUUGUAAAGAAGUGUAACCAGCCAGCCACCCCAUCUCUCUCUCUCUCUCUCUCUCUCUCUCUCUCUCUCUCUGUUUUCAAGACUAAGUAAAUUGGGCAUUCUGGUUGGGGCCUUGAUUGAUUCUAGUAGUAGCUAGCAAGCAGUAUAAUAUUUGUGAAAGUUUUAUUAAGGAAGGAAGAUGGAGAAUAACAAUGAAACAGCAGCAGCAGGAGUGCAAGUGCAAGGUGUGAGGAGGAUGAAGAGGGCGGAGAUUGAUACACGGCAACCAUUCCGAUCUGUCAAAGAAGCUGUUUCAUUGUUCGGUGAAAAGUUUCUUGCAGGGGAACUCUAUGCCACCCAGCUCAAACAGAUGCAGAAUGGAGCACAUGAAAAUGGGCAUCGGCAUGGCCCUGCAUCCAGAAUUGGAAGCGUGACAGCGGAGCUAGAGGAGACAAAACAAAGCCUCCAAAAAGCCAGAGAAGAAAGCGAGCUCAUGGAAAAUUGCCUUUCAUCUCUAAAACAGGAGCUUGAACGGACAAAGCGAGAGCUCCAUCAGUUGAAGGAAAGGGAAUAUGAGAAACAGUUUGUAGAAGCGGAGAUCAUCGAAGACGUUAGGAAUAUAGUUGAAGACUCAGACUCAACCAAAUUUGAAAUGAAAACACAAACAUCUGAUGAGGAAGAAGGAAGCUUUGAGUUUCAAAACAAAAGAUAUGUGACAUUUGCAAAUCCACCUUCCCUUGCGCAAGUAAAGAUCGCACAAGGUUUAGGUGUUGAUGAAAAAUUGCAAAGACACCCUUCUCUUUCUCUCAAGAAGAAGAAAAACAAGCCAUUCAUUCCUCUAAUAGCCGGGAUGUUUUCUAAGAAGAAAGGAGGCCCACAAGUAGCCUAUCCUUGAUCCUUGAUGACUUAUCAUCAGCCCUGCUGCAUUUCUACAUCACACAAACAUACAUCUUCAUCUUGGUUCCAAUCCAAUAAUACUGCCGCUUGCAUGCCAACUCUUUUUUUCCCCUCCCCCUUUGUGUAAUUGUAUUUUGUAUGUCUCACUUCUAUCUUAUAUAUGUAUGCAAGUCUUGCCAGUAAAUUAGUUUGCUCGGGAUAAUAAGAAAUUGUAACACUUGAAGAAGAGAGUCUUUGAAUGAAGUACCCAAUAAAUUAGUGUGCCUGAUCUCAUUAAGGCUUAAGCCGUUGUUCUUGUUUCUUUUUUUUUUCUUUUAUUAAUUUAAUUGAGGGUAGAUGUUUUACUUUGGGCCUUAA